AUGCCUCUAUCCUGGAGGCCGAUCCUCCUGCUUUCGAUCACGAUCUGUGUUGUUUCUGCCGCGGAUAUCUUCUCCAACUCGUUCCUUGUCAGAUUCAAGCGGGAUGUCGACGUCAACGAGGCCCACGGCGUCGCCAAACGCAACGGUUUCGUCAAUAUGGGACCGGUCCUGGGCUCAAAAAAGGAGUAUCAUUUCAUAAACCACGCACUGCCGAUCGCACGUACUAAAAGAAGCAUUCCUCAUAUGAGAAAAUUGAAAGUUGAUCCGUUGGUUCACGCCGCCGUUCAACAGCCUGGUUUUAUAAGAGUGAAACGAGGUUACAAACCAUUGAAAGUCGAAAACCUGGUGAUGAACAUCAAGCCGCACAAGGACCCUACCGAUCCCUAUUUCCCAUUUCAAUGGUACUUGAAAAACACCGGUCAAAACGGCGGCAAAGCCAAACUGGACCUGAACGUCGAAGCUGCUUGGGCACAGGGCGUCACCGGCAAGAACAUCACCACCGCUAUCAUGGAUGACGGUGUUGACUACAUGCAUCCCGACCUGAAAUACAACUACAACGCCAAAGCGAGCUACGAUUUCAGCAGCAAUGAUCCGUUCCCCUAUCCACGGUACACGGACGACUGGUUCAAUAGUCACGGCACCAGAUGCGCCGGAGAAGUGGCAGCUGCCCGCGAUAAUGGGAUCUGUGGCGUUGGCGUAGCCUACGACUCCAAAAUUGCAGGAAUUCGAAUGUUGGACCAACCUUACAUGACCGAUUUAAUUGAGGCCAACUCAAUGGGUCAUGAGCCAAAUUUGAUAGACAUAUACAGUGCUUCCUGGGGACCAACCGACGAUGGGAAAACAGUAGACGGACCAAGGAACGCCACCAUGAGGGCCAUUGUCCGCGGCGUGAAUGAGGGUCGAAACGGGCUGGGAAAUAUUUACGUUUGGGCCAGCGGCGACGGCGGCGAAGAUGACGACUGCAACUGCGAUGGUUACGCAGCCAGCAUGUGGACCAUCAGCAUAAACAGCGCCAUCAACGACGGCCAAAAUGCCCACUACGACGAGAGCUGCUCCUCCACGUUGGCGUCUACGUUCAGCAACGGUGCCAAGGAUCCCAACACCGGAGUGGCAACUACCGACCUGUAUGGGAAAUGCACCACCACUCACUCCGGAACUUCGGCGGCGGCCCCAGAAGCGGCCGGUGUCUUUGCUCUCGCGCUAGAAGCGAACAAUAAAUUGACUUGGCGUGACAUUCAACAUCUGACUGUGCUGACUUCGAAACGCAACUCUUUGUUCGACGCAAAGGGCCGAUUUUAUUGGACCAUGAACGGGGUGGGAUUGGAAUUUAAUCAUCUGUUUGGCUUUGGUGUUUUAGAUGCUGGCGCUAUGGUUGCUUUGGCCAAGCAGUGGAAAACGGUACCGCCGCGGUACCACUGUGAUGCUGGAACGGUAGCCGAAGUCAAAAGAAUUCCUUCACGUGGUUCGCUCAUUAUGAAUAUAACAACAAACUCUUGUAAGGGUGAAAACACGGAAGUACGAUAUUUGGAACACGUACAGGCUGUUAUAACAUUAAAUGCCACCCGCAGAGGAGAUGUGGAACUUUUCUUGACUUCCCCUAUGGGCACACGAUCUAUGAUUUUAAGCAAGCGCCAAAACGACGAUGACUCUCGGGAUGGAUUUUCUAAGUGGCCAUUUAUGACUACCCAUACUUGGGGAGAGUAUCCUCAAGGUACCUGGACUUUAGAGGCAAGCUUUAAUUCUGAUACUCCCCAAACUGGUUUCGUUAAGGAGUGGUCAUUGAUGCUGCAUGGAACAAAAGACCCACCCUAUACUGAGCUUUCCGUCUUAGAUCCGCAUUCUAAACUAGCGAUUGUAAAGAAAGCUCAUGAGGGCAGAAGUAAAAUUUAAAUAUAUGUCCUCAUCAGUUCUAUCCAAUUGUAAAUUUAUUUUUUAUCUAAAGUUUCAUCAGUAUUCUGAAAACCAUGCAUAUAUUUUUAAUAGAAAAAUAGUGACUCUAACAUAUUCUUAUUAAAACUAACUUGAAAUAUUGUAAUAUAAGCAUGUGAUUAUAUUUUAAAUAGGUAUUUUUAAAUUAUAUGGUUACUGUAUUUAUUUAUUUAAAUAAAUUGUAAGAUAUGAAGAUUAAAUUGUGAAGUUUUAUAGAAAUGUUAAUUUUAAAUAUCCUUAUCAUCAAACAUAACUGUGAAAUAAAACAAUUUUGUACAAAUAAACUGCAAUUUUAUUACUGAAAUUAAAAUAAUUUCCAAUGUAACAAUUGCUUUGCCUGAUUGUAAAUAAAACUACAAGUUAA